CCAGGCCAAACAAAACUGACCGUACGCUGAGGAUUUGCAUUAUUUCAAUAAAGCUUUUGAAAUCAGUUCAAUCAGCCCUUUGAAUUUUAAUUGCAUCGCCCCCGACUUUCCCCGCCUCUCCCAAAUAAAACCCCCAAAAUUUGGUAAGCCGACACCGCGUUGGAUUGACGCUCACAAAACACACACACAAAAAAGGAAAAUUCUCAAAGCUUCCAUUAAAACACUCACCCGAAUCUUCCUUGCCGUUGCCUUGAUCCUUAUCUGUUUGUUUUUGAUGUUGUAUUCUGAUAAUAACCAAACGAGGAAAGGAGCAAAGAGAAAAGCAGCCUCACAGAAACAAGAGGAUACGCAAAUAAAAGCUUCACAACUGAAUCAAGAGGAGAACCAUAAACCUGCUCCCAAAGCUAAGCGGGCUAAGACCUCCAAGCCUCAAACCGAGCCUGAGUACUUUGAAGAUAAGCGUAACUUGGUUUAUUCAAUAUCUGAACGAAUGCGGCGCUAAAAGGCUUAGGUUAUUCGUUGACUUCUCCGGAUUUGAAUUUUGAACUGUUGAUUCUGGUUACGCUGCGGUUACAAAUUUGAGUUGUGAUACGCUCGUCUUCUCGUGUGAAGAUUAAAGCUGAAAUGGAUGCAAAUUUAGAGCUUGAAUAAUUAUCUAUUUGAGAUGAUAGUGAGGAAAAGUCUUGCUAUGUUUUUUGUGAUGUUGAUUAAAAUUGUCAAUUUGCAUUGUGCAGUAGCCGCAUUCCCUGUUGGAACUGAGUGGGAUUAAUUGGACACUGUUUACCAAUACAACUGGAACUUUUCAAAUCUAGAAGAUGCAUUUGAAGAGGGGGGAAAGCUAUAUGGAAAGAAGGUUUAUCUAUUUGGUUGCACAGAGCCUCAAUUUAGUCUCUCACAAGGGAGAAAACAAAGUCAUUUGUAUCCCCGUGGUUGUGGCUAUAAGUUGUCCAACAUGGCUGUGAAGUGCUUUUAAUGUUUUUCACGCUAAGCCAAUUUGAGGGGUGUUUCUUUCUUUUUUAUCUUGUGAUAAAUGGUCAAAGUGAUUGCAGCUUUUUUUAUGCUGAAGGCUUAUUGAAUGGUUGUCUCUCCUUUCCCACCUUCAGAUAAGAUUGGGCUUAACUCAGUGCAGAGAGAAGCUGAAGAGAUUGUUCCUAUGAAACAAAUGAAAAUGGAUUGGGUUCCAUACAUUCCACUUGACAAUAGAGCCAGCCAAGUAGAUAGACUGAAAUCUCAGAUAUUCAUCUUAAGUUGCACUCAAAGAAGAGUUGCUUUGAAACAAAUGAAAAUAGAACGUCUCAAGAAAUAUGAGUAUUGUUUGCCAUAUUUCUAUCAGCUUUUGAAGGAAGAUGAGCUUGAACAAAACACUGAGGUUCAAAUAAUAUUUCUAGCAGAACCAAAGCCGGUAUUUUGUGAAUUUGACUGGGAGUUGGAUGAACUUGAUGAGUUUACUGAUAAAUUGAUUGAGGAAAAUGAAUCAGAUAAAGAUCAGAAGGAUGCCUUUAAGGAGUUCGUUAAAGAAAAAGUUAGGAAAACAAAGAAAGCUAAUCGGCAGGCAAGGGAAGCCCGCAAAAAGACCCUUGAAGAAAUGAGUGAGGAAUCUAAAGCAGCAUUUGAGAACAUGAGAUUUUACAAGUUCUACCCUGCUCAAACUCCGGAUGCUCCUGAUGUAUCAAAUGUGAAGAUGUUGAAUGCAGAGGGUUUUAGAAGAGCUACUGAACAGGAGGUUCUUGAGGGAACCGAUAGUGAAAGUAGUAAUGAAUUUGAGCAUGAACAUCAACAGCAAAGAGCACAGGCACAACAUGGAAUGUCGUUCUAGAUCAGGGGACUUUCUUGCAAGCUCUUGAGGUUAUAUUAGCAAGAUAUCAGCCAGUGGAAACACCACCCCUUCCUCACCUCUACCUUCUGCUCCUCCAGCUCUGAGAGUGUCAAUUCCAAAAGAAUUAAAAAAUCUGGGAACUUCUGAAUUUAAAAGUGAAGCAGAAGAAGACUCAAUUAUGGUGGAUAUAUGGCUGAAUGAUGUGAAGAUUAUAUUGGAUAGUCUUCAUUUGUUCUGAAGAAAAAUGAUUUGAAGGCGUAGUUCAUUGUUGAGAGGACAUGUCAGGAUUUGGUGGACAUAUGUUAUGACACAUGUCCCUUCAGAUUAGAUUUCUUGGCAAUUUUUCCUUGAAGGUUUCCAAAAGAAAUAUAUUAGAGAGCAGUUUAUUAUUAAGAUGAAACAAGAAUUUUUUAAUCUAAUCCAUGGAAAUAAAUUUGUUUAUCAGUAUGAAUGCGACUUUAAUAAGCUCGUCCAAUAUGCUUUGGAGAUGGUCCUCACAGAAAGAGAUGUAUGACAGAAGUUUAUUUGAGGUCUUCGCCCCAAGCUGAGUGAACUUUUGUUGAUUGUCAGUUUGACUACCUUUCAGGAAUUGGUAAAUAAAGCUAAGGAUUUGGAAAUGACACAAAAGGAAAGAUUUAUGUUUGAUUAGAAGAGAUUCAAAUAGAUUAGGAGGUUCAUUCUCAUCUCAUUCUAAAAGAGGUCGAGGUUCAAAAUAUUAGUACUAGAGUAAAUCAGAAGUCGAUGCUUUUAGUCGUAGAGGAUCCGAGGCUAAGGAAAAAGGGCGUCAGGCACAAACAGUGGCUACAAGAACUAGCAGACUAAGUCUCAGGCACAACACCCAUUAUGUCUGCGGUGUGGAAAGUAUAAUCCUGAUAAAUGUAAAGCAUAAUAAGGAGUUUGUUUUCGAUGUGGGGAUCCUGGUUAUUAUUCAGAGAUUGCCCGAUGGUAUGAGAGAGAUAUGUUCAGAUAGAGCGAUCAGUAGUAAUGCCUCAGAGACGUGGUCAAGGUAGAGGUAGAGGGAGAUGAUAUUAAGAGACAGUCUCCCAGUCCGAUGUUCGUGCUUCAGCCAGAAUUUAUAAUAUCAAGAUAGUGAGGAUCGUGACGACCCAAAAAUCAUAGCAUGUACUUUCUAUCUUUAUAAUGAGCCUGUUUUUGUUUUGGUUGA